GGCUGUUAUCGGAGCGCGUGACCAAUCACCGCGCAGGUUUGGACUCGUUUCCGUGAAUGACAAUUGAGGAACUCCUGCUCAUGCUCACACCGCAUGUAGCGCAAAGGAGGAGGCGUAAACACACACGGCUUUAGAGCUAGCGAGGUUAUGGAGAUGAGCUGCAGCAGCGAGUGCUUCGGAUGUGGCCGCUCAGGGCACUGGAUCAAACAUUGCCCCAACGUCUGUGGUAGUGGCUCACGAGGGCGUGGCCGAGGCAGGGGACGAGGCAAAGACAUGACCUGCUAUCGGUGUGGCGACCCGGGGCACUUGGCGAGGGACUGUGACCAAACCGAGGAUGCGUGCUACAACUGCCACAGGACCGGCCACAUUUCUCGCGAAUGCAAGGAGCCCAAAAAGGAGCGGGAGCAACUCUGCUACACUUGUGGCAAGUCGGGUCACAUGGCCCGUGACUGCGACGCCAACGAGCAGAAGUGCUACUCCUGCGGCGGCUUUGGCCACAUCCAGAAGCUUUGUGACAAAGUGAAAUGUUACAGGUGCGGAGAGAUCGGUCACGUCGCGGUGCACUGCACCAAAGCCAGCGAGACCAACUGCUACAAAUGUGGAAAGGCGGGCCACCUGGCAAAAGAGUGCACCUGCGACGACACCGCGUAAUCGGUGCCCUCUGUUGCCCCUCCUUUUUUUCAGAUUGAUGGUUGGUUGUAUUAUUUUUCUCUGAGUCCUCUUCGCUGGCCAAAGGUUGGCCAAUAGAGGCUAGUCCCGGGGCCAGUGAGCCUCUCGACACGUAACGAAAGGGGUGAAAAAAAAAUCUUUCUGCAUUCAACACAAAAAAAAAAAUGUUUUAGUUUGGUAGCGGUGUUAUGUAUAAUGCUUUGUUAAAGGACCCGCCCCUUUCCAAGCCACUGGUGAUCAGAGAUCAAUCAAUGGGACUAAACAUGGGAAUCUGUUGGACCUCUGAGCUUGUGGAAGUGAAUAUCUUGUCAAGAGAUAAAAGGGAGUAAAAGGAAACUGAACUUCCAUGUAAGGUUAUUUUGGUUUGUUUUAGGCGGGUUGAGUUGGCUGAGGGAGAAUUAAUGACAUGGAAACAUUUCAUAUCAUGCAUUUCAGCACUACACGCAGCUAAGUGGGCGCCGUCUCAAAAAGUUUUCGCUUUUCAAUGAUACAAAGCAUUUUGGAGGUAUAAAAAGGAGCAACUUCUAUCCUAGAAAUCUGUUUACAAUUUAAAAACCACAGGCCAAGUUGGUUGUUUCCUUAAAAAUGGCCUUUGAAUUAUUAUUAUAUUUGUUUUUUCCUUUCUUACCUUGACAAAUUUAAAACCACGACCGGUUGUCAGAACAGGUGAAUUUGGAGUUAUUUCGGAAUGAAGUUUUCACAGAAAUCAAAAUGUUAUUUUUGUACAAUAUCACUUAGACUACUGUAUAAAUACCAUUUGCUUGUACUCAGUUUUUAAGUCGGAAGGAAAGUGCAACUGAAGUCCUAGAAAAUAGAAAUGUAAUUUUAAACUAUCAAUAAAGCUGGAGGAGCACGGA